AUGCCCCACGGCCAGACCCCUAUCCCGCCUCCCAGAAGGCAGCAUGACCUCUCCUACGUCUCUGGGCCGCCUGGCAUCCGGCCGUCUCCCGGCUACCUGCACUACCACCCACCACCACAUGCUGCCCAUACAAAUCAUACAAAUCAUACAAAUGGCCCUCCACAGCCACAACCACAACCACCUCCCCAUUCUUCCUACUCAGCGCAACAGCAGUUCCAGCACUGGUAUCCCUACCAACAAACCCCCCAUCCGCCUCCUCCGCAUCCCCAGCAGUUUCAACCCUAUGCGCCUCUAAUUGUCUCGUCCUACCCUCGGUCGCAACAGCAGCCCCCGCCGCCUGCGCUUCCUGGCCCUCCACCCCUUUCAGGACAAACACCAUCAACAGCACAUCAACAACCACAACAACCUCCACCAACAAUGCUCCCACAUGUACCCCCUCAACCCAGUACUGCUUCAUCAACCCCCUUACCUUCUUCCUUCUCAACUCCAACGCCAACCCCUUUUUCCGCUCCAAGUUCAACCGUAACGGAUAACAGCCACACGAACACUCCCGGCAAUCCCUCCGUCGUCAAAAGCGCUCAGUCUGUCCGCGCAAAUGCGUGCAGCAGCAUCAGCAGCAGCAACAGCCCUGCGCCUCAGACUCCUCCUGCACAACAAGCCAUCCAUACCCAUGAACGGAUAAAGUCUGCAACGCCAUUAUCAAGGCAGCUAUUUCAGCCACCGCUUCCUUGGCUUUCCGUACCUGAAACCCCCUUUCCUGCGAAAGCCCCGCGACGACGACGAAAACCUCGCAUCCUUCAGACUUCUGCAAUACCCGUUGAGUUCCCUACAAAGCCUGGCGACGCUGACGCGGAACCCCAAGAGAGAGCAUCCCCCGAAGAACUGCCGAAACUUGCUUCAUCAAAAGCAGAACCAGAAACCCUUGCAAAUCCUCAGCCCUCCUCCCAAACAGGUCUUAACCAACCUACCACCCCGUCUUCCACCAUUGCUUCUUUUCAAACCUUAGCAAAAACAAAAAUACAACAAACUCCAACGCAACCAGCCAUCGCGAGGCAGGCAGUUACCCCCAUCGUCCCCGUUGUGCCAAUAUUAUUCUCUUCAAGUCCCAGCGCAACAAAACACCCGUCUGCCAACCCAGAUAAGGGAACCUCAGAAACCUCCAAACCGCAUGGAUCAGCUCCAACCACAUCCUCUGAGAACCAGUCGCAGUCGACAGCAGACAUUGCGUCUUCAUCUGUGGAAUCUACCACCGCUACACAAGAAUGCUCCACACCAGCUCCACCAGCUAGACCUCCGCCAAAGUCCUGGGCUGAUCUUGUGCGCACUAAAGCCCCAGCAUCGAGCGCUGACGCCGUCACCACCACUGCUGGGAUUGGCUGUUUCGGUGUAUCCAAGGGCGAAUCUCUUUUCGAUGUUAUUAACAAUCUAGGCUCUGAUCCUUGUCAAUACGGUAAUAAAAUUGCCUUUAUUGAGCCGCGCGGGCUUAUUCUUCAAAUUCUGGUUUUUUGUGUUCCUUUCUAUGAAUUUCUUGACAAAAUCAGUCGGCGUGCUGUUCAUAGUAUUAAGAGCGAGCUUCCACUAAUUGAUGCGAUGAUCAUGUUUAUGAGAGAAUUUCGGGUAAUUGACGCUGCAACGUCCGCUGAGAAAUUGAGGCUGCGGUUGAAGCAAAACGAAUUAGAACAAUAUGGAGAGUCAUUCAUUCCGGAAUAUGUUUAUCAGGUUAUUCGGCAUCUUCCCCGCUUUAGGGACAUGCGGCGCGGUCACCAACAAGAUGCGCAAGAAUUUCUUGGUUUCCUUCUUGAAGAGCUCCACGAAGAAUGCACCCAGGCAGUUAAACAAGCCACAUCCACUGGACCUGAUAUCCCCACACCCGUCGACACCGAUUCGGCAUCUGCAGCCUCCGAACCCUCCGUAGAAGGAUGGCUAGAAGUCGGCCACAAACAAAAACCCUCCAUAACACGCUCAUCAGGCCACGUUGCCUCCGAAUCCCCCAUCACGAAGAUAUUCGGCGGAAAACUGCGCUCCGAAUUCCGCGUCCCAGGCAACAAAAACUCCGUUACCCUCGAACCCUACCAAUCCCUCCAACUAGACAUCGGCUCGCCGCAGGUAACCAACAUCAUCGAUGCGCUGAAGGGCCUCACAAAGCCCGAAACGAUGCAAGGCGAUUUCAACUCCUCCCGUGGCCCCAAAGUAACUGCUACAAAACAAGUGUUCAUCGAGACCCUGCCGCCCGUGCUCAUCCUGCAUCUAAAACGUUUCCAAUACGACAGCGUCACCAAGGGGACACAGAAGAUCUGGAAACGGGUCGGGUACCCGCUCGAACUCGAGGUGCCGAGGGAGGUGUUUCCACCACAUCGGCGGAAUAACUUGCUCGCGGCGCAGGGGAGCGGAGGCGGUAGUGGAUUACCUAAAUACCGCCUGACGGGCGUGAUAUAUCAUCAUGGCAAGAAUGCUAGUGGGGGCCAUUAUACGGUUGAUGUGCGGCGCCAGGAUGGACGGGAGUGGGUGCGGUUGGAUGAUACUGUUAUUCGGCGGGUAAGGAGUGAAGAUGUUGCGGUUGCGGGUGCAGGGGUUGGGGGUGAGGAGGAUUCGAGAAAUCUUGCUGCGGCGCUUGAGAUGCAGAGUCGGGGUGGUGGUGUGGUUGCGGGUGUGGAUAGGUAUGGGAAUAUCUUUGAGAGGUUUGGGAUUGAUGGGGUGGAGGGGGAGGAGGAGGGUGAGGUCGGGGAGAGUGAGGUUGGGUGGAGUCAGGUUAAUGGGAAUGGGGCGGGUAAUGGGGUGGGCAGCGCUGGUGCUGGUGGGUAUGGGUAUGGGAGCAGGAGGUUUGGUGUGAAUGGGAGUGUGUCACCGGCUGGGAGGGAGGGGGAGUCCGGGAAAAGGACGCCGAGUAGUCGGUUUGCGGCAGCGGUGGGAAGACGGGAUAGUAAUAAGGUUGCGUAUUUGUUGUUUUACCAGAGGAUUCAGGGGUCGGUGUAG